GGUAUCGUCAGAAAGACGCGACGAGGGUUUCAAGUCAGUCAGCCUGCUAACUGCUCAACGGCAGCCAUGGCUGAUGGUUGAACUAGGUUGAAUUCCAGCGGACAUCUCCAUCAUCCUGGAUGAGUAAGGUGGAAAGGUGAUACAUUAGCUUCGUCCUCGGCUUCAUCCCGCCCGUUUCUUGUGGUCUUGUCGACCCGUUUACCGGGUCUAAUGCUGUCGCCUGUCUAUCUAUUUCGACGUAUUCCCUGCGUUUUACCAGAAAAUAGUUUCAGUUGUUCCUUCUUCAGCAAGAAUCACUGCCAUCAGCAAUAAGGAUAGAUGGGAACGACACAGCCGUUCUUUGAUUGGGCCGGAUUCCCAGCUGGCGUACGCUUCGAGCCGACAGAUGUACAGUUAUGGAUCAUCUCUUAGCGAAGCUCGACGAGGAGCACCCCAGCAAAGACGACGAGGAACAGACUCUUAAACCCGGCGUUAAGCGGCAAGCCAGCCGAGGGAAAGAAAACGUGGCAGUGGGGAUUGGUAGUAAGCCACGGGUGCAACGAGCCCGGAGACAGCAGCAUCCGCGCGUGGGGGAGUUUAUUCCGACGCUGGGAUUCGAAGACGGGAUCUGCAGCGUUUAUCCGGAAGACUUGCCUGGCAUUGUCACGGACGGCACCACGAGGCACUACUUCCACCGCCCCUCGCGCGCCUACGCCAUGGGGCUGCGCAAGAGGCGCAAGAUCUUCUCAGAACGCCCCUCCGCCAGCAGCCUGCUGCCAGGCGGGCAGGAGGGGUGGACGCUGGAGGGGGGAGGGAGGAUUGCGGUUACAGGUGGCACAAGACGGGGAAGACCCGCCCCGUGUUCGCCCGAAACCGGAAACAGAUCGGAUGGAAGAAAAUCCUGGUGCUGUAUGAGACGCGCGCUCAGAGGGCAAGAGGCGAGGAGCAGACGAGCGGAGCAGCCCUGCAGGGGGGGCCGGGAAGGACCGGAAGACGAACUGGAUCAUGCACCAGUACCACGUGGGCGAGCAGGGCGAGGAGAAGGAGGGCGAGUGGUGGGGGAAGGGGGGGCUUUAGGGAAGGACGAGGAGGCGGAGGAGGAGGAGGCAGUGGAUGAUAUUGAGGAGGUUAAUGACGAGGAUGAAGAUGGCAGCAUAGCAGUGACGCCUAGAGCAGCGGCUACGGGGAGAGGAGGGGGAUUGGGGGGACGGAGCAGCAUCACCAGCAACAGCAGUGGCAGCUGUCAUGGCAGUGGGAUGUUCCUCUCUCCUCCUGCCAGCACCCAGAGACGGGUGGGACUUAGUGGCUUUGAACCACUUGGAUUUGGUAGCGUUGGUGCGGCUGCUGGUGCCGGUGCCGCUGGUGCUGCUGGUGCUGCGGGUGCUGCUGGUGCUGCAGAACCCGUCACUCCCAGUACUGCUAUGCCUCUUCCCAUCACCCCCCUCCGCCCAGUCUGCCUCGGGUCUUCUGGCAUUGAAGCCGCCUGGUUGGGGAGGAGAAGGUGGGAGGUUGGUUCUGUGCCAACAGCAGCAGCAGCAGGGUAACCAGAGCUUGUGUGGUAACCGCAGUUUCGCAGGGAAGGCAUUGCUACGGAUUCUUUGCCUGGGACUGCGGCACCUGCUACUGGUGCUACAGGUGCUACGGCCGCUACAGCUACUACUGGUGCUACAAGCGGUGCAGCAGUGGGCAGUGUGGUGGCAGCAGUGAGUGACCUGAGGGCGUAUGAGCAGUCGCUG